AUGGAGCAUCAUAGCAAGCCGUCCACACGGAUGAAGCGUAAGCCAUCCACCACCACAGUCUUUCCUAACAGUAAGCGGCGACGCCAUCAUCCUCUCCCGGCACCAGUAUCUUUAGGACUUGCGUCUUCAGUCUCAACGCGGUCGAAGUUUAAGCCUCAACAUUCGAAUCUUCACAGAGCAAGCAAAUUGAAGCCUGAAAAGGAGGAGCAGCUCACACUUUUCAGCCGCUAUGCAGACCCUUCAGUAAAUAGUCCAAAGCCGUAUAAGUAUAAGAGUACAAAAGUGAAUCAAGUGGACCGAAGACAACCGAAUGAGGCGGUAGCUGUCAAGGAAGUCGUCGAUCUAGCUUCUGUGUCAGAUAUGACAAAUCUGGACAUGGUGGAAGGAGACGAAAUUUUAGCAACAAUGUUGAGAGCGAGUACACCAAGAAGUAAGCGUCGAUUUCCUACCGAGAAAACCUUAACAGACAGUGAGCAGAGAGAUCAGGAGGCUAUUCGUCGUCGACGGUUAAAGAUACGAUCGGAAUAUUCGGCCAUGAAGGAUCAGCAGAAGCUACGUGAUGAGAAUAUAGGAUUUACAGCUUUACUGCACGACAUUGAAGCUGAGAGGAACUUAAAGGAACAUUCAGCGAUUAAAAAGGGUGCUGGAGAGGUGCGAGUAGAUGAGCGUGCACAACUUGAACUAGAACAGGCCGAGACGGAUGAAGAGACGACUGAGAGCAAAAUCAAUCGAUUGAGCAAGGCCUUACACAUGAAUUGGCGGCACUUUAUGCAGUGGUUACUGUCAGGUGUUGUCUUACUCUGUGUGGUUGUAAUGGCCGCUCCUUUUGUACGAAAGAUACUCGAGACCCCUUUACCUUACUGCGACAGUGAAUGGAUUGAAGCGAUUGAUGAAUCAUUUGUGCUAACUGACCCUGCAGAUGACUUUGAUCGCUCAAAAGCCCUGCAGCCGUUUAUCGGUGCAAAUACAAACACUAAUCUUGCGUCGAGACCAGCAUGUCAACCUUGUCCUGUGUUUGGCAAUUGUCUAAAUGGUUCUGUUAUUUCGUGCGCGCCGCCGUUUACAUUACGCGCCGAACUGUGUACGGAAGACCAAGAAGCUCAAGAAAAUCUGAAUCGUGUUGCACGCAAUAUCUACAAGUUUGUCGCUGAGAAAGCUGCGAAAAAUGCUUUCGUUACAGAAACAAUCUCGUUUGGAAAAGCUGUGUCAAUACUGCCUCGGGAAUAUGUCUUUAAUCGCGCUUUAGACAUGGCACUGCGAAACCUCGGGGAUACUUGCGUGACUGAGGAUCAAAGCCAGCUCAUUGUGAGUGAGAAUGUCGUACCAUGGUCGUGCCGCGCCAAACGCCAACUGUAUUCACACAUUAAGCUGAUUAUGCUGGCCAUUACAUUGGGCACAAUGUUGGUGUUCAGCUACCGAAAAUUCCUUUUUUAUCGUGCAGAGCGUCAAUUAGUCGAUCGAUUUGUAAAGGAAGUGCGUUUCUGUCUUUUAGAUCGUACACGUCGACCUGAUCGCUAUUAUCCAUCAGAUCAUCUACGUGACGACCUGUUUGAGAAACAAUCGGUUCAAGAUCGCGCAUGGUUAAUUAAAAGCGUCUGGCCAAAAGUUGUCGCUAUUGUGAACGAUGAUUCUAGGAUCAAGACGCGGUUGAUGAAAGUGCGAGGUGAUGAUCAGAUUGUCUGGGAAUGGGCCUUUUCAUCGUCGCCAGCUCGUCAACCCACUCGAGGUGAAGCUUAUCGCGUUUCUUUGAGACCGCAAUCUGCAAGUAGAAAUCGAUUUAGAUCAACACAAGUCAAUCAACGCAAAAAGUUGAGUUUAUGA